UCGCCAGUUUCUAAACACCCCAGGUCUAUUCAUCGAGUGUUUACUCAACUCGCGUUUAAAAGCCUGGCACACUUGCAGAUCUAGGUAACCUCAGAGCACGGACGGCUACGGUGGUUCUUUUACAACUUAAAUUGGAUGGAGGGGAGUUUUGACCCUCUAAACAUCCACCUUGAUACGCCACGCAUUCGAAAGGAUUAAAAUGUUGAUCACUGGUUUAGCAGUGUUCAUCCUAACGGUCAGCUGCGUCACAGCUGUUGUGGUGGACUCACCGUUUGGUCGGGUCAAAGGUCAGGAGAUAACAGCCAAGAAUGGGAAGAGUUUUUAUUCUUUUCAAGGCAUACCCUUUGCUAAACCACCAGUCGGGGAGCUAAGAUUUGCUAAACCUGUAGCACACCCUAAGAUAGCAGGCACGCUGGAGGCCUUAGCAAUGAAGCCUUCGUGCGUUCAGGAAACCUAUGCUCUGCUACCCGGCGAAGAAAUAUCUGAAGAUUGUCUUUACUUAAAUAUUUACGCUAAAGAGAUCAGACCAGCGCGGCAACCUUCAAAAGUUUUAGUGUGGAUUCAUGGCGGUGGAUUUUUAUUAGGUUCCUACUUCAUGUACAACUGCGAGAGCUUUGUAACCAAUCAUGACGUCAUCGUGGUGACGAUUAGUUACAGGUUAGGAGCAUUGGGGUUUCUGAGCACUGAAAACGAGGCUAGCAAGGGAAAUUACGGCAUGUGGGAUCAGGUUUUGGCAUUGAGGUGGGUCAAGGACAACAUAGCUGCCUUUGGAGGAGACCCGAACGAUGUAGCCAUUGCUGGAGAAUCAGCAGGUGGCGCCUCCGUGUCGUUGCUGUCAGUUAGCCCAGCAGCCACAGGGUUGUUUACUAAGGCCUUCUCUACAAGCGGAAGCGCCACCUCACUGUUUACUCAAUAUUUCAACGCUCAGACUGAAGCGCUGAAAAUAGCGAAACAAGUCAAUUGCUGGGAUGGGGAAUUAGAUGCUAAGAUCAGCCUGCGACAGAGUGAAAUCAUUGUUGAAUGUUUGAGAACACGACCAGCAGAGGAACUGACGAAAGGUGUUGUCUAUAAGCUAGACAGGAUGCCAUUUGUUCCACGAGUCGACGGCGAAUUUCUACCACAAUCUCCGUUAAAACUUGUCAGAGAUAAUCGUUAUCUUGAAUCGUUAGGUUUUUACGAGAGGUCGUAUUUGGUUUCGUUUAACAACUAUGAGCAAUCGGUAAUAGAACUCAUCUUGUAUUUCCAUGAUCAAACCAUCAAUGCGAGAAACGUCUCAAUAGACGAGAAAGCCAGACAAAAGCAAGAGUUGUAUCAAACCCUUCCAGGUUUGGCCGUUCGUGAUCGUUUGGAGGUGGAAGACGUACCUCAGAACUUAAUAGAUCGUAUUUACGGGUGGUAUACACGUCGAUACAUCGGGGUCAAAUCCUUGGCUGCUCUGUUUACUGAUUUGUUUUUUGAAAUUCCUACUUUCGAAAUGCUCAACGUCAUGUCGCGGAAGAACUCCACCAAUGCUAGACUAUUAUAUUUUAACCACUUCCCUCAAUUUGUGUCGGGUUCUAUAAGAGGGAUGCCCCAUGUUCUUGACCUCGUCUACUGGUUUGAUAUCCCGUUGGAGGUGAUUCGCAGUUUUGUGGGUAUCGAGUCUCAAGGAAACUUCACCGCUGAAGAUCACGAACUUAAAAGAGUGUAUUCUUCAAUCAUUGCUGACUUCGUUAAAACAGGAAAUGCCGAGAGAUCCAUUCUACCAAGUCUGCCCGGUGGAUGGCCGACCUAUGACCCAGUUGAAUCGCCUUACCUUGACUUCAAUCCUCAUUUCAGCAUUCAACGUAACCUAGCGCGAGAAAAACGGUUGCUAUGGGAGACGCUAGUUCCGCAGUGGGCGACAGGUGACAGGAAUAUCGAGCACUUGGAACUAUGAAGGAGUUUUGUUUGUUUUGUCCAUACAUGGAGGCGCACAUUUUUUAGAUGGUGUUUAGAAUCUCACCCAUGGCCCAUCUCACUCACAAAAAUUAAAAUCCCUCAAAUAAUACCUUGCAGUCUCUUCCCUAAUUCGCUAAAAAUAGUAAAAUAAUUAACGAGCUUUUUUUUAGUAAGGGAUAUAAUCAGUAAUUACUUUGAUUUUGUUGGAAAACAUCGUUAUCUACAAUUUAAUUUUAG